AUGCGACUUCCUACUCAGUUGUUGGAAAAAAUCAAUGCUAAAGAAGCCAAUGGUGAGUAUGAUCUGAAUGACUCUAGAUAUAUUAUGGGACAAAUACCCAAAGGACACAAGAGGAAAAGGAAUGCACAGAAACCACUUUGUAGGAAGGAAAAGAGGAAAGAGGAGAGAUUGAAAAAGAAGCAAAAACAACACUAUCGAGCGGAGCGAGAUAGUGUUGUAACGAGAAACAAACCCGUGCUCCACUAUCGAGCCGAGCGAGAUAGUGUUGUAAUGAGAAACAAACCCGUUCAACUGCUGGAAGACGAUCCGUUGCAACAACUACGGAAAUUAAAAGAAGCAAAGAGGAAAUUAGAAGGAAAUGUGUCAAGAAAAGGGCUGAAAGGGUUGAAAGCGGCUGAAAAAGAGCUGAAAAGGGCUGAAAAAGAGCAAGAAGAUAAAGAUGAUCCAUUAGUACAGUUGAAGAAAUUAAAAGGAGAAAGGAAUAAAAAUGGCAAGAGAGAGGAUAUUAGAAUUGUCAAGGAAGAGGAUUUGGAUAAAGACGACGAGCUUUCAGGUGAUGAAUUUUCUGAGGAUGUGGAACUUUCUGAGGAGGAGGAAUUUUCUGAGGAUGUGGAACUUUCUGAGGAGGAGGAAUUUAGUCCAGGCGAAACUACAGAUCCUUUGGAAACUUUACGCUUGUUGAAAAUGAAAAAGUUGGCCAAAAGGGAUAAUGAUGAUGGAGAAAAGUUAAGGAUAGUGAAAGAGGAAGAUUUGGAUGAUGAGUGGUCAAGUAUGGAAGAGGAUGAAGAGGAGGAGUCCGAAUUUGAAGGGUUUGACAAUGAUGUAAAUAAAACUAAUGGAAAACUAAAACUGAUUUUAAAGACCACUCCCAUGGCUCCAAGAGGAGCAACAAAAGAAGACUAUGAAUAUGAUGAUGUAUAUGAACUGCUUGACGAUGAUGAUGUAUAUGAACUGCUUGAUGAUGAUGGUGAAGAAGAAAGUGAGCUGGACCAGAAACAUGAUGGCUAUGAUUUGAAAAGAUUGAAAGGACUCAAAACUGACACGGAGAAGGAAGAUAAAUUUGCUACACCAGAUUUUUUUUCUUGGGAUAAUGACGACAACGAUAUCGAGUAUUAUGCUAAGAAACUAGGGCUUAAGAAGAAUGACAGGUUACCAAAGGGUCAUGAAGACGAUGGGUUGGAUGAUUUAUUGGAAGGACUUGAUUUUUCUUUCGAUACUGAUUCUAAGUCGAAUACGGUUGAGGAUAGAGGCGAGGUUAACGAUGUUGACGAUUCUGAAGAGGAGGAUUCUAUAGAGGAGGAUUCUGAAGAGGAGGAACGAGAAAAAGAGAAUCCGUAUGUUGCACCUGGUGGUUCGGAUGAGACAGAUUCAUUGACUCAAAAAUACGUUCCGCCUGCAUUACGUCGAAAGAUGGCCUUGGAAACAUCUAAUGGAGAUUCUGCUGACUUACUAAACCUUCGUAAACUAAUCAAAGGUCCUUUGAACAAGCUUUCUGAAGCCAAUAUAAAUACAGUUGUUAAUGAUUUACAAACACUUUUUAUGUCACACCCCAGGCAAGUUCUCAACGAGGAGAUUACCAAAAUCAUACUUGAUAGUAUCAUACAACAAGGUCGUCUUUUGGAUACGUUUGUUUACUUACAUGCUACUGUUGUUGUUGCACUCUAUCGAUUACAAGGUGUCGAAUUUGGAGCAUAUUUCAUUCAGAGAUUAGUGGAGAAGUUCAAGGAGUAUCAUCUUACAAGGACAAAUUCCAAAGAAGCUUCAAAUAUAAUCUCACUUUUAUCUUCUGUUUACUUGUUUCAUUUAGUUUCAUCAAGGCUAUUAUACGAUCUAAUCAAGCAAUUAAUUAUUAAUUUAAACGAAAGCAAUGCCGAUUUGUUAUUGAGGUUGAUUCAAAGUCUGGGAAACCUAAUGCGCUCAGAUGAUCCUACUUCCUUGAAGGAUAUUGUGCUUCUACUUAACGAAAAAUAUGCAAGUUUACCUUCUGAAGCCAAAAAUACAAGAAUUCAGUUCUUGGUUGAAACAAUAUCAUCUUUAAAGAAUAACAAGCUAAAAGUGUUGAAUGAGGGUAAUCAUCAAUUAUCCAUCAGGUUGAAGAAAUUCUUGGGACAUAUCAAUAAUAACUUAGGCGGAGAACCAAUACAAGCUUCUUUGGAGGAUAUUGAAAGCAUUGAAACCAGGGGAAAGUGGUGGUUAGUAGGAUCUGCUUGGAAGGGGCAUGAUAGUAUCACCACUCCUGGUGCAAGCAAUGAUUCCAAAUCUGUAGUGGUGGACCAAGUAGCAUUAAGUGAUAUUCUCGAUACGGCAGAACCAAACUGGAUGGCGCUUGCUAAAGCACAAAGAAUGAAUACAGAUAUUCGUCGAGCCAUAUUCAUUUCAAUAAUGUCAGCAACUGAUUAUAUUGAUGCAAAAACUAAAUUGGAUAAAUUAGCUCUCAAAAGGGCCCAAGAGCGUGAUAUACCAAAGGUGUUGAUACAUUGUGCCACAAUGGAACCAUCGUGGAAUCCGUACUACGCGAUUUUGGCAAAUAAGUUAUGUGACUCACACUCAUUGAAAAAGACAUUCCAGUUUAUGUUGUGGGAUCUAAUCAAAGAGCUCGAUGGUCACAGUGGCGGUGACAAUGGCGAUGAUGAUGAAGAAGAAACCAAUUUCAUGGGGUUGAACGAUGUUGAUGAAGAAACUAAGUUGCAAAAGAUUAUGAACUUGGGAAGACUAUAUGGAUACUUGUUAGCCGAAAAUUCAUUACCUUUACAUAGUCUUCGAACAUUCAACUUUAUAACAACCUCAAUGGAUUCCGUAUUGUUUGCUGAAGUGGUUUUUGUGAGCUUUUUAAACCAGCUCGGUAAAAAAUCCACAAAGAAUUCAGUUGGUUCUGGGUUGAUUAUAGAUAAAAGCUCCAAACAUGACCUCGUAUUUGACGAUAGGUUAUUGAUUGAAAGAGUAAUAAAGGCUAAAGAUGAGAUCACGCUUUUAAGAGGCUUACAAUAUUUCCUACCGACAAAUGUGAAAAACAGUGAUAUUAUAUUAGGGAGAAAACAAAGGAUGAGAAUAUCUUGGGGUGUCGAAGCAAUGCUUAAUGUUAUUGAUGAGUUGUUGAAAAGCGCCGGUGAAUAUUGA